AUGAACAGGCACCUUAUUGGAGUGCUCGACAAACGUAGGCAAGUACCUAUGUCACAACCAUAUCGAACUGGCCAUUGUCUAGAUGUACCUGUUGGCGUUCACCAGCUGAAUAGUAUUACGGCAAUCCCGUCACCAAGUUGCAAUCAAACACAAAUGCCGCCUGCCCGGUCCAAGCCAGAAAAGCCCAAGGAAAGGUCAGAAGGGGGCAUCCAGAGUCUAGAGACGGGCUCUUCCCCUUAUGAGAAGGGACUUGCCUAUCUGAUUGGUGCUCCGGCGCCUGCCCAUCUACCAGAUUUUCUUGGGCUCCACAAGGCGUAUAGCCCUUUUCCUGACCGUCGUCCGCGGGGAGAGGAGAGAGAGCCCCUCCAUUCACCAAUAUGGGAUAUUGUUCAACUCGACUGGGAUCCCGUCAUCGACAUGAACAAAAAACCCUCCAGAGCUUGCCAGCUGCCAACCACAAAUUCACCUCUUGCAUCUGACGAAGGCGGCGCACACACGCGCACCUCCAUCUCCAACUUCCCCACAUCGCGCACCGCACACACACAACAGACAAGCGCACACACACACACAAGCACACACAUGCCACUUGCCCCUCCCCACGUCAACCACAUUGCGACAAGGCCGUCUUUCGCCUCCCAGCUCUUUUCCCCUUCUCACACGAAAAGCUUGAAUCAAUUCCUCCUCUCGACAAUCUCAAAUCAUCUCAUCGACUUUGCCGUUAUUCUAACGCCUUUCUUCCAGGAUCUGCCGGCGCCCCCCAGGCUCGCACCUGCUUCACCUGUGAGUAGCCUUCCCAGCUUCGGCGCUUCCCCCGUCUCACCACUUUUUCCAACCUACGCGCUGCUUUUCAUGCUUUUCAAUUUUUCCACUUUCGUUUCUGUGGGUGGCUUUGUGGCUUUCGGUAUCGACUGGCACCUUCAUCCGAGAUUUGGUUGCCAUUGGUUCACCGAGUCUCACCGCUUCCACACUGAACUUUUUCCACCAGCUAUUGGUGGUUGUUUCAUUUGUGCAGCUUACCUUUGGGCCCCUCCUCCCGAGUUUAUAUUAUCAUGUGUCCACUGGAUCUUGCGGUUGCUGGCAUAUGCGGGCGUAGAGAGCUCUAUCAAGCAACUACAUGACUUUCAAGUUGGUGUUUGGUGGGGUCUUCUCAGUACGAAGCUGGAAUUAUCACUUGGGAAGAGGCUUGGCAAAGCAUUCGCGUUGAAGCCACGUGUAUGCCCUUACUGCGUCGUCUUACUGACUCUGAGCCGGUGUGCCAGCGGUGCUGCUGGUCACCAGGCCCGCGAGUGCCCUAACCGUGGCGCCGCCAAGUGCUACAACUGCGGCAACGAGGGUCACAUGAGCCGUGACUGCCCCGAGGGCCCCAAGGACACCAAGUCCUGCUACCGCUGCGGCCAGGCUGGCCACAUCAGCCGUGACUGCCCCCAGGGCGGCAACGUCGGUGGUGGUGGUGGUCCCUCCAGCUCCGAGUGCUACAAGUGCGGUGAGGUUGGUCACAUUGCCCGCAACUGCCCCAAGGCCGGCGGUGGCUACGGUGGCGGCUACGGUGGUGGUUACUCCGGCGGUGGUGGCUACGGCGGUGCCAGCCAGAAGACCUGCUACUCUUGCGGUGGCUACGGCCACAUGUCUCGCGACUGCACCAACGGCUCCAAGUGCUACAACUGCGGCGAGAACGGCCACUUCUCCCGCGAUUGCCCUAAGGAGUCUUCCGGCGGCGAGAAGAUCUGCUACAAUGCCCCAACAACUAAGUCUGCGAUGACUAUCGGCGAUGAGUGGUCUGCCUUCAUGGCAGAUUCGGUUUCGAGACGGUUCGACGGCUUCGAGGCCACCGUGGCUCACUUUUGCGAUAUCAACUAG